UUGAGACCUUAUAAGAAAUGUUUUUUUAAAGGUAUCUUUGUUUCUGUACUACACAGCAAUCAUAUAUCAACAUUGUUUGAAAAUGACCGACAUUUUUCACAUCUUGCGGAUUUUGAAAGAGAAAUGGCCUAUCGGACAGAAAUGGGUUUAUAUUACUCAUACUAUAAGACGUUGGCAAAUGCACCAACAUACUGGAUUGGUAUUCAUCAGAUAACCCAUGACAACAUCACGGAAUAUGGUCAUACGAUCAAUACGUUGAAAAGGUUCAAUUUAUAUCCAGAGGUCCGUUUUGCACCCAUAUAUUUUCAAAAGUUUAUCAGCUGUUAGUU